GCUUCUCAAUCAACUCAGAAAUCUGAUUAUUUGAAUGAAGAUUUUCACCGAUUUCCGGCAAAAUUUUGCAAUUUGGGACAUAAACUUGAAUCGAAUUUGAAAUUCGACAUUAUGGCAGAUGAUCGAGUAAAAAGAUUUCGGGAAAUUACAGGGGCUUCGGAAGCGGAGGCGGCUUCGUUUCUCGGCUCUAGGACGGACGUGGAGGCCUGCGUGAAUGAGUUCUUCGACGUACUGGCCUCCGGGGGUGGCCCGCCUCCAGCAGAGCCAGAGGUUCGAGCGCCAAUCGCUCCGAUGGAGGACGUCAUGUUGCCUCCGGAGGCGGCUUUUCCACAUGCAAUCCCCAUUGUGGUCGACAAUCUUAGAGACUUUCGUGUAGAGUCUGAAAUUCAGACUGCUAGACAAGAGGCUGCUUUGGCCGGAGGGUCUGACGAAGCCUCCAAAAGAUUCGAAGAUCUCUUUAGGCCACCCAUUGACAUUCUCUUCCGUGAUGGAGAUUUCACAGAAGCCAAAGAAUUUGCCAAGGAUGAAAACAAGUGGGUGUUGAUAGACUUGCAAAACAGCAAAGUAUUUUUAAGUGUGGUUCUAAAUAGAGAUUUAUGGCAAAGUGUUUCCCUCAAAUCGUACAUACAGGAGCAUUUUUUACUUACUCAGUAUAACAUCGAAAGUGUUGAAGGCUCAAAGCUGCAAAGACUGUACAAAGUUGAAGACACUGACUUCCCUCACAUUGAGGUUAUAGACCCACGAACAGGCGAAAGCCUCGAAACUCUAGGCGGAGAGGGUGUAACCCUUGAGCCAGUCUAUGUCACCGCCUUUUUAAAGGCAUUCAUUCAUCUGAAUGGUUCACCCGAUAAAUUUGAUCCUCCAAAGAAAGUCACACCUAGAGACGUUAGGAGGCUGUUAGAGGAGGAACGAGAACUUCAAGAGGCCAUCCAGAGAUCAAUGACCUGACCGACUUAUGUAUCGGAUUUUUCUCCGUAGAGAAAUACUCACAUUGUUAAUUUCUGUUUUUGUAAAUAAUUGUCUCAUUUUUUUUAAACGCUGACCUCCAAAUAUAAAAGAAGAAUCGAAUCAAUGAAACGCACUUUGUUCCAUAGCACAAAUCAAGAGAUUUAUUAUCAAUGCAUGGUCAAUAGUAAUAAUAAUAAAAAAAUCAAUCAAUCAUUUACACAUAAUUAUACAACAAGUCUCUAGUGCAGGCGCUUGUAUUACUUAAUAUUUUAUCCCAAAUACAUUCAGCACUU